GCGAGAUCUCCCAGCCAUGUUGCAGCGGAGGGGCUUGUAAACAGAAGGCAGCCCAGGGGAGACCACCCGGCGCGCGACCCCCCAGGAGCCCCGCCACCCGGGGAAGGUCAGUGACCUGCGGGGGAGGAGCCUCCCCCUCCCUCCUCUCCCGGACGCCUGGGUCCCCUGCAAGGAGGUGGGCGAGGGGCAGGCGCCUCCUGCCCGGACUCCUGGGUCCCCAAGGCAGGGGGGAGGGUCGCGUCUGCGCCCCCAGGGUCGAGGAUUGGGGUGGAGCGGCCGUGGGUGGGUGGGGGUGCCCCCUUGGCACCCUGGGGCGCCCUUCCUGGUGGGGGUGGGGGAGCGCCCUGUUUCUAGGGGUGCGUCCUGCGCCCCACGGUCCAGGGUUGGGGGGCACCCCUUUGGGCUGGGUGGGGGCGCCCUAGGGCGCUUUUCCUGGCGCUGGGAGGGCGCAGGGGGCAGGGGGGAGUCUCCUUUGAUGGUGGGUGUGGCGGGCAGAGUUGGGGGGCAGCUUGGGAUCUCCCUCCCCCCAAAAAGGGGAAACUGGGCAGGAUCUGGGGUGAAUAUUUUGCUCCCCUCGUUUGGCAUUGCUCCCUCCUCCUCCAGAUUUGGGGUGCCCUGCCCUCGUGAGGGUGUACCCCCCAACCUGACAAGUCCAGGGCAUAAAUGGGGGGCAUUUGCGCCUUGGCAGAACCUCAGGGGCCGGAGAUCAAGGCUAUCUUGGCCAGAGCCUCUUUCUUGCCCCCGGUGCCCCAAAUCUUGUGCUCCAACUUUGGGCGCUUCUGUGCAGCCGGACGGUCAGGAUCACAGCAUUGGAAGGGACCCCAGCGGUCAUCUACUCCAACCCUCUGCAAUGCAGGAAUCUCAGCUGCGGGUUAUGGGGUUGUGGAGUCAAAAGGGACCCCCCAGUGGUUAUCCAGUCCAACCCGCUGUCCUGCGACGACCCCCGGUUGGGUGAGCCCGGGGCCUGACCCUGCCAACUCCACCUCUCUGUCUCUGUGUUUGGAGUUUGGCAAAGUCGGGCAGGUUUCUGCCCCGAGCCGUUUGCAAUUCAACAGCAGGAAAGAGACAGGAAAAUACCGUAAUGUGUUUGUUUUGGUUCUCCGCAAUCCAAGCCCUAGAGAGGGAGGAAGGGGCAGAGGAAAGAUUUUCUUCCUCUCCUGUAACACUCCAUCCAAUGCUGGAAGGUUCAGGGUGGAUAAAACCGGGUUCGAAACCACCCAGCCACAUUUUGCUACUGGUUUGGCUCCAACUGCGUCAAUGUGGAGAUUUCUGGGCACCAGGUUGGCGACCCCAGAUCAAAAAGCUCCGCCUUAGUCCAGAGUUAAUAGCAAGUCCAUUUCCGCCCUGUGCCUUUCUCCUCCUUGCAAACUGGGACAAGGGAAUUGUUGUGAGAGCGAGCAAUGGAGUUGAGAUCGUAGGGUCCUGGAAGGGACCCGAGGGUCAUCUAGUCCAACCCCGUGGCAAAGAGGCAUUCCGUUGCGGCAAACACUGUGUUUUGCCAGGCGCGUUUUGCAACUGGCAGGGGUCCAAUGGCGAACACACGGAGAUCUGUGGAUGCUGGGGAAAGCAAAAUGUGACUUUGAGCAGGAAAUAUAUUUCUUGCAGCUUGAACCGAUUUAAUUGUGCAGCGUUUAAUUUGAUGUCUUAAUGUGUUGCAAACUGCUUUGCACUUUAAAAUAUACUCUCAGGGGUCCGGCCCCUUCCCCAGGUCGUCCCUACAAAGACCUUGUGAGGUAGGCCAAGAGGCUGACUCCAAGGUCACCCGACGGAGCGGGGAUUCGAACCCAGAUCUCCCAGGUCUCAGCCCGACACUCUAACCACUACACCCCACUGCCUUCCUAGAUUCCUCCUGCUGUGGGGCAGCUCUAUAAAAAGUCGGUAACUAAAUACGGGGAAAGCAAAAUGUCCCUUUGAGCAGGAUCCAAAAUAUUUUUUUCUGGAAACUUGAAUUGGUUUUAUUCCGGUUUGUUCUCCUUGAUGUGUCGUAAACGGCUUUGAGGUGAGAUAUAAAACAGUAUUGAAAUGAAAUGAAUGAUGAGGACGAUAAAUCUCAUGGCCAAAAAUGGCACGUUCCUUAUUAUUGGAUUUAUUUUCUCCCUGACUCAGGGAACCUUGCAGCUAAAACAGAAACAGCUGAAAACAUUGGAGGGGAAGCAAUCAUUAAAGAAGAAUUAUACAUGAAUAUACACUAGAUCUGCUAAGAACAGACAGGCUAUUGUUAUGUUAUUGGCCUUUCCUGAAAGCAGUCGGCUCCCCAAAGUCUUCUUGAUGGCAGAAUCUCCUUCUGUGGAAGUUUCUUAAUCAGAAAUUCCUUGGCCGCAAUUUCUGCAUGGCAGGGGUUGGGGCUGGGCUGGAUGACCCACAGGUGUCCCUUUCUGUGCUCAUAAUUCUACAAGAACCUAGGUUUCUCUUUGGAGAAUCAGUUUUCUGGUUCUUCCCCUGCCGGCGGAAGGACAGCCAGGAGGGAGCCGGUCUGGCUUCUCUAGGCAGGGAGUUCCAAAGUUCUCUGGAGGAGCCACCACCGAGAAGGCCAUGCCUUGUGCCCCCCCAACCAACCAACCAGCCAACCAACCAACUGGGUCUUCGAGGGAGGCAGGACCUCCACCCCAAAAGUAUCCAAACCCAAGGAGAGAAUAUGGCCUUUCAGACAACCUGGACCUAAGCCGUGUCAAGCUUUAUAGGGGUGAAAGAUUCCGGUUUGGCACGGGGUUGGUCUGGAUGACCCUGAGGGUCCCUUCGAACGAUGAUUCUGUCCAGAAACAGAACAGCAGCCAGCAGCUCUCUUCUGGCAAGGGGGUGGCAUCUGUGCCCUAUAGUCAGCCCCAGUCAGCAGUCUGCCUGCAGCAACUUGGGUCAGCUGAGGUUUCCAAGCACUUUUCAGGGGCAGCCCCAGGAGCGGCGCAUUGCAGUAGUCCAGGCUUUGCGCAACUAAGGCGUUCCUCGCUGUGGCCAGCUCUGCCGCCGUGCCGAACGGGUGUGGGCGUAAAUGCACCCCCGCGCCUCCAAUCUCCCCGGCUCGACUGCCGUGGCAGCGCAUGGAGACUUGUGGGUUGCGCCAAAGGUGGCUUUUGAGGGUGGGCAGAGAGAGUUGCGCAUUGCGCAUGGAGGACAGACCCCGAAGCAAGGGAGAAAAGGCAGCGUUGCGCCUCGGGGAAGCAGGGUGCGCCUCGAGGGUGGCGCCUCCCGGCUGCUGCGUGCGCUGCCCUCCCUUAUCGCCCCAGGCGCACCGAUGCGCAGUGCGCAAAGGAAACAUGGCGGCAGAGAAGAGAUGUCUUGGCGCCACUUGAGGAGCUGGGAUGUCGAGGUUAAUGGUAGCUGGGCUUCCUAGGUAGGCUGUUUCCUCGCUGGCAAAAGCCGUUUUCACCACACAUUCCUUGCGCUGUGCAUUCUGAAAUCCUUCCAGGAAUCAUGCGCCGCAUGCCAGAUUUUUCCCAGGAAGGAGUUUCAGCAUUUGGGCUCUCACAGUGAUCGUUAUUUAGCUGCAUUUAUAUCCUCAAGGCGGCCAGGGAGUGAGAUUUGAACCCGGGUCUCUCCUGGGUCCUAGUCCGGCACCCUCACCACUGCUCCACGCUGCCUCUCAAGGACUUUGCUGUGUGGUGAGAAGGUGAACUUUGGGUGAAGAGCAGGGGUAGGCAAACUAAGGACCGGGGGCCAAAUCCGGCCCAAUCGCCUUCUAAAUCCGGCUUGCGGAAUCAGCGUGUUUUAACAAGAGUAGAAUGUGUCCUUUUAUUUAAAAUGUAUCUCUGGGUCAUUUGUGGGGCAUAGGAAUUCGUUCAUUAUUAUUAUUAUUUUCCAAAAUAUAUUCCGGCCCCCCACAAGGUCUGAGGGACAGCGGACCGGCCCCCGGCUGAAAAAGUUUGCUGACCCCUGGUGGAGAGGGACGUAUUGGGCAGGUUCCUUCCCAAGGGCACAGGGUUCAGAGAACCAUAGCGCGGAAAGGGACCCCCAGGGGUCAUCCAGUCCAACCCCCUGGCAUGCAGGAGCGGCGACGAAGGCCCCCCUGCGACGAAGGAGAGCCCAGCACCUUUCAAGGGAGCUCUUACCCUUGGGGAGUCGUUGUUGUUGUUGUUUUGCCCCCCACGUGACUUAGUUGGAAUCUCCUCUCUUUCCAUUUGAAGCUCUGGGUUCGGGUCCUGCCCUCCGGACCAGCAGUGGGUGCCAAGCUUGCUCCCUCUUCCCCGUGACCUCCAAUCCCGACUCCUUUGCCCUUGGGGGGUUUGGCCGACUGACGCCCGUCACAAGGCAAAAUUGUCGGGUUGCGAGGGACCCCCAGCGGUCAUCCAUCCCAACCCCCGGCAAUGAACGCAGAAAUGGCAGCUAAGGGAUUCCCGACGGAGGCUUUCUUUUUUUUGCUCCUGCCCGAAACACUCCAGAGUGUUCCCAUCGAGAGGAGAGACUGUUCUCUUGCCCUCCUGUCAGAUGGCAUCAUCCUGGCACCAGACGCCUUUUCUCCAGCGUAAAACCCUCUGGCUUCCUAUCUCCCUUCGCCGCGGCUUCCCUUUCGGCACCAGGUGGAAGAAUGGGCACCUUUUGAGGGUCUCUGCAGCCGGGCUGCUCAGUUGGGGAGGGGGUUUCCCUUGCCACGCCCUCCUGGCUGGGAAACUUCAAAUGAAAUGUAGGAUUGUAGGCAGGAAAUAUAUAUAUAUAUAUAUAUAUAUAUAUAUAUAUAUAUAUAUAAAUGAUAUUUAUUGAAAGUUUAACAAUUACAGAAAAAAAGAAAAAGAGAGAGAUUAAAAAGUUACAAUACAAUACAUAAAAAAAAAAAAAACAAAAAAAACAAUACAGCACAACAAUGAGGGGGAAAAAACAAAAACAAAAACAUUUAAAAACAAAAACCUUUAAAAAACACAUCCAGUAUUUCCAUAUCCUUAUCUUUCAUUUACUUGUUUCAUUGACCUCCUCACACCUCCCUUUUUUGUAUUCUAAUUCAAUUUAGCUGUUUCAACAAAUCCUUUCCAUCUUUCUCAAUUUUUGUUCUAUAAAUUACCUUAACCCGAUCUGACCUUAAAUUUUACCCUUUGACCCAUUAACAACCCAUUUUUACUUAGUUCUUAAUAACAUUUCUGCUAAAACCAUGUAACUUCAUUCCAACAUCCUUCUAACAUUCAUUAAUUUUACUAUAUUUUUGUAAAUAUACUUUAAAUUUUUUCCAAUCUUCUUCCACCAACUCUUCUCCCUGGUCUGUAGGCAGGAAAUAUAACUAAAGCAUGGUCAGGCAAACUGAGGGGGCCGGAUCCUGCCCAAUCGCCUUCUAAAUCUGGCCCUCGGACAGUCCAGGAAUCACCGUGUUUUUACAUGAAUAGAUUGUUUCCUUUUAUUUAAAAUUAUUAUUAUUAUUAUUAUUAUUAUUAUUAUUAUUAUUAUUAUUUAUACCCCACACGUCUCCCCUGGGCAGCUUCCAACCAAAUAUUAAAAUACAGUAAUACAUCAAACAUUAACAGCUUCCCUAAACAUACAUCUCUGGAUUAUUUGUGAGGCAUAGGAAUUCGUUCAUUUCCCCCCCAAAAAAAUAGUCCGGCCCCCCACAAGGUCUGAGGGACAGUGGACCGGCCCCCAGCUGAAAAAGUUUGCUGACCCCUGGUGAAGAGGGACGUAUUGGGCAGGUUCCUUCCCGAGGGCACAGGGUUCAGAGAACUGUAGAGCGGAAAGGGACCCCCAGGGGUCAUCCAGCCCAACCCCCUGGCAUGCAGGAGCGGCGACAAAGGCUCCCCUGCGAGGAAGGAGAGCCCGGCACCUUCCGAGGGAGCUCUUACCCUUGGGGAGUCGUUGUUGUUGUGCCAGCCACGUGACUUAGCUGAAAUCUCCUCUCUUUCCAUUUAAAGUCCUGGGUUCGGGUCCUGCCCUCCGGACCAGCAGUGGGUGCCAAGCUUGCUGCCUCUUCCCUGUGACCUCCAAUCCUGAUCCCUUUGGCCUUGGGGGGUUUGGCUCCCAGAAGUGGCCACACGGACUUUGCUCUGUGGGGUGGGGGGACAAACUGGGUGGACCGGCCCCCUGCUGAAAAAGUUUGCUGACCCCUGAACUAAAGGAUCCCAGAAAGAUGGCCACCCAACCUCUGCUUAAAAACCUCCAAGGAAGGUUCCAAGAUCAUAGGAUGGAAGAGUUGUCAGGGACCCCUGGCGGUCAUCUAGCCCAACCCCCUGUGAGGCAGGAAUGUCAACUAGCUCUGCUUGGAAACCUCCAAGGAAGGAGAGUCUGCCAUCUUUGGAGAGGGUUCUUUUGACCAUCGGAACGGCUUUCUCCACCAGAGAGUUCUUCCAAAUCGAAUGGUUCUCCUCCCCUGCAAGAAUCCUGUAGCCUCGGGCUGGUUGUUCCCAUUUUACAGAAGGGGAACACUGAGGUUGGACGCUGAUCCCACGCCUAUUCCAGAUCCAGGACCUGCUCAUGGUCUCCCCACAGCGCUGCAGCCCCUCCAGCUACCAGACCCUCCGCUCUAACCCACCAAGGCAGUGCCGCCUAGUGGUUAGAGAGCCAGGCUGGGACCUGAGAGAGCGGGGUUCAAAUCUGCCCCCAUUUGGCCCUGAAGCUCCUUGAGGGUGACCUUGGGGGCCACGUCCCUGUCUCUCAGCCUCGCUCACCUUGCAGGCUCAGCUCCCCAGGCCCCCAUUUCAGAUCCUUAAUUGAUAGUGCUGCCCCAUAGCAGGAGAACUCUAGGAAGGCAAUGGGGUGCAGUGGUUAGAGCAGAGUUUCCCAAACUUUGGGUCUCUGGCUGUUUUUGGACUACAGUUCCCAUCAUCCCUCACCGCUGGUCCUGCCAGCUAGGGGAGGAUGGUAGUCGUCGUCCAAAAACAGACCCAACUUUGGGAAACACUGGGUUGGAGUGUCAGACUAGGACCUGGGAGUUCAGGGUUCGAAUCCUGAUCCAGCCUGUUCUCCACAUCCUCUUCCAGAUGGUGGGGGGUGGCAGGCACUCUGGACAUGGUCAGAGCCUGCCUGGGCCUGCUCCUUCCUUUUUUAAAAAAGAAAAUUCUUAAAAUUCAUUUUUAGGUUUAACAAGUAGCGUCCCAAAUAAGUCGUCAUCAUACACACAUAGGAUUCUCUGAAUCCCUGGACCCUAUUUUUUAGAAUCCUGCCCAUGUUUUUAAUUGUUCGCAGUGUUCUUUUAGGUAACUUACAAAUUCCCCCCAUUCUUUAUCUAAUUUAUUAUCCAUUUGAUCUCUGACCUUCCCGGUCGUUUUCGCCAUAGCCCAUCAUCUUUGUCCGCCAUUCUGUUCUUGUAAAGUCCUUUUAUCUACUUCCGCUUAUUAUGUCAGCGUACGUAAAAACAACCUUUGGGAUAUCCGGACCCAGAAUUCCUAAUAAAAAGCGCUUCUGGUUUUCUCACAAAAGUUCUUGUAAACUUUCCCUGCUCCUUCCCUUGACUCUCCUGCGAUGCUGCUUCUGUUUGCCCUAGGAGUCGCUGGUCUGCCCGCCUGCCUGCCAGGCGCCAUGAUUCGAACACAGAACCCGCUCCCGGCGGCAUUCCUGGUCCUACCGGUUUUCCUUCUCCUGGAGCUGCCGGCUGCCCAGGGCUACAUUCACGCGGUGAGUCUCCCCUUCCCCAUGGAAAGCCCUAGGGGGGUCCCCCUCCAAAUUCCCCAAAAUUGCGUUUCCCCAGACUUACCCAACUCUUUUUCUCUUUCCGUCUCCCCGAAAAACAGAUGUCGGAUCACAAUUCCAGCAUGGAGUUCAACGACCUGCCGGCCCUCUUUGGGGAGCCCCUGCCGCACGAGGGGCUCGUGGUGAGUCUCCCCGAAAAACGGGUGCCACACAACCCGCCAGAAAUCAAUAUUUUCUGCGUGGUCCUGUGGAACUCCCUGCCUCAUGACAGCCCCAAAACGUUUUCAGGAGACUCUUCCCAGAUUUCUUCUUCUAUUAAUAAUAAUAAUAAUAAUAAUAAUAAUUUUUAUUUAUACCCUGCCCUCCCCAGCUAAAGCCAGGUUCAGGGCGGCUAACAAGCAAUAAUAAAAACAUGUUGUUGUUAUUAUUAUUAUUAUUAUUAUUAUUAAUAUACUGCCCUAUACCCAGGGGUCUCAGAACGCCGCUGCGUUUCUUAGUUCAUAGCUAGUUUUAAUUUCACAGCUGUUUUGAACGUUUGGGGUCUUUUACCUAUAGUUUAAUUGUUUUUUAAAAUAAUAUUUUGAGGGUUUUUUGGUGGGGUAAUCAAGUGACAGAUAAAAAUGUUAAGGAAGUCAGAAGAAGUACCAACAUUGAAAGAUUGGCAAUAUAAAUUUUUUGAAAUCAUUAGCAAAAAUGACGGCAAUGCAAUCUAAUCGAAAUCUCCAACAGGGAUUGAAAUGUGUAGAAGGAUACAUGCCCAAAAGAUGCUCAGAACGAGAAUUUAUUGAUAUGUAUAGACUGAUUUCACCAAGUUAAGCUAAGCAGAUACAUAAGAUCGAAUGUUUAAUUAUUAAGAUACAAAACGACAAUCUCAGUAAUAAAGUGACAAUAAGAAAUAAGAAAUAAGAUAAUGGAUAAACGUCGGUACAUAACGGAAUGUGAAAAUUUACAAAUAUAAUGUAUAUGUAUCGAUAUGUAAAGAUUUCAUGUAUGUAUUGCAACAUUAAUAAUAAUUUAGUGCAAAAAAAAAAAAAGGUUAAGGAAAUAAUGAAAUAACCGAAUUUGGAGGAGCUGUUAAAUGAAUAACCUUUUUUUUAAAAAAAAGGGGGUGGAGAAAAAAAAUUUAAGGAAAGAAUUAAAUAACUGAAUUUUUGAGGAGCAGUUAAAUAUAUUAUUAUUAUUAUUAUUAUUAUUAUUAUUAUUAUUAUUAUAUGGGGUGGUUAAGUAAAUAGAGAGAUGCCUUUUGUGAAAUGAUUAAAUAAGACAGCAGGAAUAACCGGAUUUGCAGGAGCCGUUAAAUGAAUAAACUUUUUUUUUUAAAAUGGGGUGCAAAAAAAUAAAAAAUGUUAAGGAAAUAAUUAAAUAACCGAAUUUUUGAGGAGCCGUUAAAUGAAUUAUUAUUAUUAUUAUUAUUAUUAUUAAUGGGGUGGUUAAGUAAAUAGAGAGAUGCCUUUUGUGAAAUGAUUAAAUAAGACAGCAGGGGAAGGGGCUGUAAUUCUGGUCGGAUCCUGCCAGCCUCUGACGCCUUUGUCCCUGACGCUCUGGGGCGGAACUUGUGCCCGGUCCUUGCGGUCAGGGGGGGCACCAGGCUGACCCUUCUCCCCCCCCCAUAUAUCUCAUUUCCAGGGCUUUCUGGUGGAAGCCAAGCCGGCCAACGCCUGCCAGGCCAUCGAAGACGCCCCGGUUCUCUCCAACGGCACCGUCUUCAUCGCCCUCAUCCGGAGGAACGACUGCAGCUUUGACCUCAAGGUGACCAAGGGGGGUUCAGGAUGAGCCCCCUUUUUGCUCCGGGGCGGGAAGCCUGCGCGUCUUCAACGCCGGAAGAUUCGGGGCCGAUAGAAGCCCUUUCUCGCGCAGUUAGACAGUGGAACUCCCUGCCACAAGAGGGGACCAACCUUGUCCAAAUAGCCUUUUCCUCCACGGUUUCCCCUGCUUAGGGAAGGUUUUAAUGUUUUAAUUCUGUUUUUAGUGUCUUCUUUGGGCGGGGUAGAAAUCAUAAAGUUAUUAAUAUUAUGAUUAUUAUUGAAAUAAACAACGAUCUGACUGUUAGAGGACAUCUGAAGGCAGCCCUAUUUAGGGAAGUUUUUUAUGUUUGAUGUUUUAUUCUGUUUUUAGUGUUCUGUUGGAAGCCGCCCAGAGUGGCUGGGGAAACCCAGCCAGAGGGGCGGGGUAUAAAUAAUAAAAUUAUUAUUAUUAUUAUUAUUAUUAUUAUUAUUAUUAUUAUUAUUGAAAUAAAAAACGAUCUGACUUUUAGAGGACAUCUGAAGGCAGCCCUGUUUAGGGAAGUUUUUGAUGUUUGAUUGUAUUUUUAAUAUUCUGUUGGAAGCCGUCCAGAGUGGCUGGGGAAACCCAGCCAGAGGGGCGGGGUAUAAAUAAUAAAAUAAUAAUAAUAAUAAUAAUUGCAAAGAGGACUGGGCAUUUUUGUGGAGGUGAAUCAGGACGGCCGAACAGAGGCAGCCAGUGCUUUUGAGUAUGUGCUCGCCGAAAACCGCAGGAGGGGGGAUUUGGUCUUGUGUUCGAAUCCUGGACAAAGUCCGCUGGGUUUCCUAUCCUGGGUGCCUCGUUGGCCCCUGUGAGAACAGGAGGCUGGACCCUGAUGUUCCCUCGGUUCGGAGGGCUGUUUGGGCCCCUGGAAUAGACGGGCCCCUUUUGUCCCCAUCCGCCAGACCCUCCUGGUGAUGAGCUCUGCCUCUUCUGCUCCCGCAAGGCCGUUUCUCUGCCCCUCUUUGCUCCUUCCCCGGGACGUGUGUUGUGGGCCGGCUGGGAAAAUGGCACCUUCUGAGCAUGCGCAGAGCGCUUUUCAGACUUUGACGUCCUCCUCUUCCUCCCGCAGGUAUUCCACGCCCAGAAGGCCGGCUUCCUGGCCGCCAUCGUCCACAACGUGGGUUCGGACAAACUGCUCAACAUGGUCUGGGACAGCGGUGAGCUCUUUUUGGGGGACAGAUAACGCACCCCCUUUUCCGGCACCCCUUUUCCAGGGGCUCCCGGCUGACUCCCCCCUUUGUCUUCCGCCCCCCAGAGGAACUACGCAAGCUGGUCACCAUCCCCUCCGUCUUCAUCGGGGAGACGGCCGCUAGACUCCUUCGCGACUCCUUCACCUACGAGAAAGGGUAGGAGCUAUGGGGCAGCGGCUGUGGGGGGGGGGGAACCUCAUUUAUCGGCGCACCGAAAUUCCCGGCACUGGGCAGGGGGGGCAAAGAGGGUGCCUGAACUGCUCCCUAAGCGCCCCCACUGCCCCCCAGUUUAGCGCUUGUGGUCAAAGGAUUGUGGAGUUGCAAGGGAACCCCAAAGGUCAUCCAUCUCAACCCCCUCCUGCAACACGGGGAUCGCGGUGAAAUGCGGAGAUUGCGGCCGGGCAAUCCCCCCCCCCAAAAAAUAUUUUAUUUUAAAAUUAUUCAACAUUAAUACAAACAUAUUACGAAUAUACAAACAUACAUUUUAUACAGUCCUUAAAAAUAUUCAUACAUACCCACACUCAAUCCCACAGAUACUUCCUUUAUCUACUCAAUUGCAAUUUCUUUCCACUUCUAUUACUUUCUUUCACACACUUUUAAACCAAUUUUCUGCUUCUUUUUCUGUUACACAUUGUUAUCCAUCUUAUUUAGUAUUUCACUAUUUAUAACGGAACUUGUUUAUUCUAAUAGGAGUUCUGAUUUUUCAAUAUGGUUUUGCAAGUAUCCUUUAAACACCUUGUCUAUCUUCUCUUUUGAGAUCCUUCCAAUUUCUCCCAUUAUUUUGGAUAUAUUGUAAUACUCCAAUAAUUUGGCAAGCCACUCUGUUUUUAUCGGUAUAAUACCACUUUUCCAAUUUUUCGCAAUCAGUAGCCUUGUGGCUACUGUUGCGUAUAAAUAUAAUGUCUUUAGACUUCCUGGUACUAUUCCCAAUAGAAAACCUUCUGGUGUUUUCCUAAAUGAAUAUCUGAACAUUUUUCUCAUUUCAUUGUAUAUUGUUUCCCAAAAUUGAUGUUUAAACAGUUCCACCAUAUAUGCAGUAUAGUACCUAUUUCAGUGUAGCGAUGCAACGCCAAUUCGGGUAUCAGUGCAGGAAAAGGGACAGAAGGGAAAGGGAAGUUUAAAAACCGCGACUCUGAGAGACACCAGGGAUGAAAAUACGUCUAUAACCCCAUAUACCGUAUUUGCACAAAUCGAACACACCCUCGAAUCGAAUGCGCGACUCGGUUUUCAAAACCUUGAACCCCAAAAAGCAGGGUGGAUUUGAUUUAAAUCAAACCGAUUUCAAUCACGAUUUAAAUCACUAGUCAGUACGACUUGAUUUAAUUUUAAUUUUAAUUUUUUACAGGAAGACUCAUUCUUGCUGGUAUAAUCUUAAUGUUUACAAGCCAGGUCAAGGUUUCAUUUUUGGAAUAAUGAAUUUUCAGAGUCGUUUUUACAGUCAUAAAAAAUGACUGAUUUGGUUAUACUAUUGGAAAUACAUAGACAGAGAAUUAUGAAAUUAUGGUGAGGCUUAGUAAGUUAACUAUGUUUGGACAACUUUUCUGCUGUUCUUUAUUGGAAGGAGAAAAAUAAUCAUUUCCUUAAUAGCAAUUUUAAAAAAUUAUUUAACUAAAACAAUAAUAACAUAGCACAUGUUUGUUAACUGAUGUGGUUAAACUAUUUUUUUUUUUAAGUUUAGACUGAGUUUUAGCACACAUGAAGAACUCAAAUCCUUAUUUCCUCAUCAAUAGCCCUUGAACUAUAAUGUAACUUAAAUAGAAAACUGCCGUUAGAAAGAUUUUUCCUCCAAAAGUAUUUUAUUUUUUGAACCCCCAAAAGUGUUUGUUGGUGAAUGUAAAUGUGCCCUCAAAUCUUAUUGCGCACCCUAAUAUUCACAACAUAACUCAGCCCCAAAAGGUGUGUGUUACAUUUCAGUAAAUACGGUAAAUGGAUCACGUUGACCAGUUUGCUGUGCGACUGCGUUUGGGCUGCUGUGUCUAAUAAUAAUAAUAAUAAUAAUAAUAAUAAUAAUAAUAAUAAUAAUAUUUAUACCCUGCCCAUCUGGCUGAGCUUCCCCAGCCACUCUGGGCAGAUUCCAAGAAAAUAUUAAAAUACCAUAAUAAAAAGGUAAAGGGACCCCUGACCGUUUGGUCCAGUCGCAUGACUCUGGGGUUGUGGCGCUCAUCUCACUUUAUUGGCCGAGGGAGCCGGCGUGCAGCUUCCGGGUCAUGUGGCCAGCAGGACUAAGCCGCUUCUGGCGAACCAGAGCAGCACACGGAAACGCCGUUUACCUUCCCGCCGGAGCGGUACCUAUUUAUCUACUUGCACUUUGACGUGCUUUCGAACUGCUAGGUUGGCAGGAGCAGGGACCGAGCAACGGGAGCUCACCCCGUUGUGGGGAUUCGAACCGCCGACCUUCUGAUCAGCAAGUCCUAGGCUCUGUGGUUUAACCCACAGCGCCACCCGCGUCCCUCAAAAUACCGUAAUGCAUCAAACAUUAAAAGCUUCCCUGAACAGGGCUGCCUUCAGAUGUCUUUUAAAAGCCUGGUAGUUCUUGUUCUCUUUGACAUCUGAAGGGAGGGCGUUCUACAGGGCGGGCGCCACCACCGAGAAGGCCCUCCACCUGGUUCCCUGUAACUUCACUUCUCGCAGGGAGGGAACCGCCAGAAGGCCCUUGGGAGAGGGACCCCGGUGUCCGGGGUGGAGAUGCUCCUUCAGGUCUACUGGUCCUUUGAGGCCAUUUAGGGCUUUCAAGGUCAGCACCAACACUUUGAAUUGUGCUUGGAAAUGUACCAGGAGCCAAUGUAGGUCUUUCAAGACUGGUGUUAUGUGGUCUCGGCUGCCGCUCCCAGUCCCCAGUCUAGCUGCUGCAUUCUGGAUUAAUUGCAGUUUCCGGGUCACCUUCCAAGGUAGCCCCAUGUAGAACGCAUGGCAGUAGUCCGAGCGGGAGAUAACUAGAGAAUGCGCCACUCUGGCCGGACAGUCUGCGGACAGGGAGGGUCUCAUCCUGCGUCCCAGAUGGAGCUGGUAGACAGCUGCCCUGGACACAGAACUGACCUGCGCCUCCAUGGACAGCGGUGAGUCCAAAAUGACUCCCAGGCUGCGCACCUGGUCCUUCAGGGGCACAGUUGCCCCAUUCAGGACCAGGGAGUCCUCCACACCUGCCCGCCUCCUGUCCCCCCAAAACAGUACUUCUGUCUUGUCAGGAUUCAACCUCAAUCCAUUAACCACCAUCCAUCCUCCAUCUGCCUCCAGACACUCACACAGGACCUUCACUGGUUCCGAUUUGAAAGAGAGGUAGAGCUGGGUAUCAUCCGCAGAGAGGUUCAGAAAAGGACCUCCAAAAGUAUCGAGGGGCUGGAAAGACUCCCCUGGGCUUGAGGCUUUUAGUUUGGAGAAAAGGACAGACAUGAUGGGAAUUUUAUUUAUAGUCGUCGGCAGAAGUUGUGGACAUCUCAGGAAUUUUGGGGAGAUUCAGGACAGGUAAGAUCAACUCUUUCUUCGUGCAGUUAAUCUGUGGAACUCCCUGCCACUGGGUCCAGUGAUGGGCCACCAAGCAGUGGCUGGGGAAACUCAGCCAGAUGGCCGGGGUAUAAUUUUUUAAAAAAUUUAUUGGAAGUUUUAUUUACAACAUAACAUAACCCCCCCACCCCCACCCCCAAUACAGAAAUCCACCCUCAUUAAACGUGAACAUAACAUACAAUAAGCAAACAACCAAAUUAAAGGCUUCCUUUAUCCUGUAUCCGGCCUCCUUAUUUACUUCUUAUAAGCUGUUUUCUUUAUGAAUAAUUAUUAAGAUUUUUUCUAAUUAUAACUUAAAUAUCCACAAAGUCUCCUGCAGACAUUAAUCGAAACAAGUCCAGGUGUGUAUUUUAGGGUGCAGUUUUGUGAAGUAUUCUCUGCAUUUCCCCCAUGCUUUUUGAAACUCUAAUUGCGCUAAUUGCAAUUAGGGGUCUCUAAUUGCCUCUGUUAAUCUAGCCAAUUCAAUAUACUCUAAUCGUUUGUCUGGGUGGGGUAUAAAUAAUAAAUUAUUAUUAUUAUUAUUAUUAUUAUUAUUAUUAUCGUUAUUGCCUGGAUGGCUUUAAAAGAGGAUUAGAAAAAUUCACGGCGGAGGAGAGGGCAAGCGAUGGCUACUAGCCCUGGGUGGCUGCAUUUUGCCCCCCCAGCCAGAUGCUUCCAAAUCCCAGUUGCUGAAAAAUGUUGGUCUUGUGUUCAAAUCCUGCUUUGGGGCUUCCCUUUAGGGCAGGCAUCCCCAAACUCAGCCCUCCAGCUGUUUUGGGACUACAGAUCCCAUCAUUCCUAGCUAACUGGACCAGCGGUCAGGGAUGAUGGGAGUUGUAGUCCCAUGAACAUCUGGAGGGCCGAGUUUGACCAUGCCUGCUUUAGGGGCCCCUGGUUGGCCCCUGUGGGAACAGGAGGCUGGACUAGGUGGGCCUGAUCCUGCAGAUUCUCCUUAUGUUUUUUACCUUCUUCCUAACUGCAAACUGUCCAGCAGGUGGCAUUUUAAAACCAUUUUAAAAAGGGCCAAGUUUCCCUUUAUUUAUUUAUUUUUUUGAAUAUAUCUUUAUUGAUUUAAAAUACUAUCAUAAAAAUGCAUUACAAAUAGUUACAAGAAAAUUUCACACGAAAAUGAAAAGGGAAUAACAAGAAUAAAAGUAAAAAGCCAAGAAGAAUUAACAUUAAAAUAAAAGAAUAUCGGUUGUAUUCUCAUAAUCUUGACCAAUUAAGUCUUCUAGAACAAAAACGCCCAAUCAUUCUUGUUGUACUUUUUUCUAAUAUCUUGAUUUUAUCGCACAGUUUAUUUUAUAGCUUUUUCUGCAUAUUUAAUUUGGGGCAAUUAAGAUGUUAAAAGUGAAAUAAACCUUGUGGAGGGAGGAGUGUUAAGGAAUAUAGAAGCAUACAUAUGGUUGAUGUGAAUACGUUAUUAUGGAAUAUUAUUGAAUAUGUAUAUUAUUGAAUAUUCUAUAUUAUUGAAUAUUGUAUACCCAAUGUAUCAAAUGCCGGGGGGGGCAUUCACUGUUUGUGUUUUGGUGGUUGGUAAAAAAUAAAAUAUAUUUUAAAAAGAAAGAAAGAAAGGAAAAAGGGGAAAAAAUUCAAUUUUAUCUUCCGCACCUUCCUUGCCCAAGGGGGUGAAACGGAUGUCUGAUGGUAUUUCCCCUUCUUAUUGACUCUGAAUUGAUUUCAGAAUGAAUUGAUUUUCGAAUGUAUUUCAAUGAACUGAUUGCGAUUUUAUGUAAACCGUGUUAUUUUUACUGUUGUUAGCCGCUCUGAGCCUGGCUUCGGCUGGGGAGGGCGGGAUAUAAAUAAAUUAUUAUUAUUAUUAUUAUUAUUAUUAUUAUUAUUAUUAUUAUUAUUACAGUGGUACCUCGGGUUAAGUACUUAAUUCGUUCAGGUCUGUUCUUAACCUGAAGCACCACUUUAGCUAAUGGGGCCUCCUGCUGCCGCCAAUAUUAAUAUUAAUAAUAUUAUUAUUAUUAUUUUGCACCCCGGAUUCUGAGCCAAGGCUGAGAUCUUUGAGGUUUCUGAAUCCGCUCUCUUUUCUCCUCCUCCUCCGCAGAGGCCAAGUGAUCCUGAUCCCGGAAUACAUCUUCCCCCUGGGCUAUUACCUGAUCCCUUUCACGGGGGUCGUGGGAAUUGUCAUGGUCGUGAUGUGCACCAUUUUGGUGAGUGACUGUGCGAGGAAAGGGGGGGGUGGACAUUUGGUCAUUUAAGCUUUAUGAUUUUUCUAAUUCCUUCUGAGGAAACUGAAUAGUUCAGCAAGACGAGGUUUUAGCCGGCAUCCCAUUAAGGCUUUGUUUAAUUUCUUCCUUAAACUUUUUGAUUCUAUGACUAUGCUACCACUCAGUGGAUUUGUAACUGGCUGACUGACCGAACCCAAAGGGUGCUCAUCAAUGGUUCCUCUUCAUCCUGGAGAAGAGUGACUAGUGGGGUGCCACAGGGUUCUGUCUUGGGCCCGGUCUUAUUCAACAUCUUUAUCAACGACUUGGAUGAUGGACUCAAGGGCAUCCUGAUCAAAUUUGCAGAUGACACCAAACUGGGAGGGUGGCUAACACCCCAGAGGACAGGAUCACACUUCAAAACGACCUUGACAGUUUAGAGAACUGGGCCAAAACAAACAAGAUGAAUUUUAACAGGGAGAAAUGUAAAGUAUUGCACUUGGGCAAAAAAAAUGAGAGGCACCUGGCUUGAGAGCAGUACAUGUGAAAAGGAUCUAGGAGUCUUGGUUGACCACAAACUUGACAUGAGCCAACAGUGUGACGCGGCAGCUAAAAAAGCCAAUGCAAUUCUGGGCUGCAUCAAUAGGAGUAUAGCAUCUAGAUCAAGGGAAGUAAUAGUGCCACUGCAUUCUGCUCUGGUCAGACCUCACCUGGAGUACUGUGUCCAGUUCUGGGCACCACAGUUCAAGAAGGACACUGACAAACUGGAACGUGUCCAGAGGAGGGCAACCAAAAUGGUCAAAGGCCUGGAAACGAUGCCUUAUGAGGAACGGCUAAGGGAGCUGGGCAUGUUUAGCCUGGAGAAGAGGAGGUUAAGGGGUGAUACGAUAGCCAUGUUCAAAUAUAUAAAAGGAUGUCACAUAGAGGAGGGAGAAAGGUUGUUUUCUGCUGCUCCAGAGAAGCGGACAUGGAGCAAUGGAUCCAAACUACAAGAAAGAAGAUUCCACCUAAACAUUAGGAAGAACUUCCUGACAGUAAGAGCUGUUCGACAGUGGAAUUUGCUGCCAAGGAGUGUGGUGGAGUCUCCUUCUUUGGAGGUCUUUAAGCAGAGGCUUGACAACCAUAUGUCAGGAGUGCUCUGAUGGUGUUUCCUGCUUGGCAGGGGGUUGGACUCGAUGGCCCUUGGGGUCUCUUCCAACUCUAGGAUUCUAUGAUUCUUAUUAUUUAGUUUAUUUCCAUACAAUAAUAUUUCUAGUCGAUUACUUCUCGUUUCAGGGAUUUUCACGGCAUUUCAUUUUUUGUGCAAUUUCUUGGUUCCGUGACUGUCUUUUUUUCUUUUGGUCAGCCCCCCGGCUUGAGGGCUGGAGUUCUGGGCACCCCAGUUUGGGAAGGAGAUUGGCAAACCGGAAGGUGGGCUGAGAGAUUGUCAGAGGUCUGGGAAAUGAGCCUGAUGAGGAACGGUUGAAGGAGCCAGGGAUGUUCAGCCUGGAAACGAGGAGACUAUAGGGUAGCCACCUUCCAAGAUCUCAGUGACAUGGAAGAGGGAGCAAGCUUGUUUUCUCCUGCUUCGGUGGGUAGGACUCGAACCCGUGGCUUCGAGUGCCCAGAAAGGAGAUUCUGAUUAAACUGUUGGAAAAACUUUUUUGACAGUCAGAGCUGUUCAGCAGUGGAGUUGUGAACUCUCCUUCCUUGGAGGUUUUUAAGCAGAGGUUAGGUGGCCGUCUGCCUUGGAUGCUUAAGCUGAGAUUCCUGCAUUGCGUGCAGCGGGUUGGGCUGGAUGACCACUGGGGGUCCCCUUCAGACUCCACGAUUCUGUGAUUCUAGAGAUUCUUUUCCACGAAUGUAUUGGGAUAAAAAAAGGAGUUUUUGCCUAAAAUGAGGGGUGUGCAAUAGCAGUAACCCCCUGCUAAGGACUCUUUGAAGCACAGAAUCGUAGAAUGGGAUGGGUCCCCCUUGAGGUCAUCCAGCCCAACCCCGUGCCAUGCAAGAAGAGCCGAUCACAAAUCCCAUUUCUCCCUGCGGAGCAGAUUGUGCGCUGCAUCCAGCACCGGAAGAGGAUGCGGAGGAACCGGCUGUCGAAGGAGCAGCUGAAGAAAGUCCCCGUCCACAAGUACAAGAAAGGUAAGUUGGGGUUCCCUGGGGGAGGGUGGGCUGCCGCCUGGAAGGGGGCUGCUGGCCAGAUCCGGCCGAGGAGGAAGUUUCCUGGAGUAGCAGCCUUUUCCCCCCAAGCUGGGGCCGGCUGGCGGGAGGUGUAGUGCAAAACUUCCUGAUCGGCAUACAAAGAGUUGGAAGGGACACCGGGGGGUCAUCUAUCCCAACCCCCUGCAGUGCAGGAAUCGAAUCACAGCUGGGGUGGUGGAGGGAGAGGGCAGGUGUCCCCAGGCAGGUGGGGAGCAGACUCUGGCAAUGGCACCUCUGCACACCCAGAAGCAGCAGCGAAAUUCGUUUUCCAGUUCACCUGCGGAACUCCCUGCCGCAGGAGGGGCCACUGAACUGAAUGGCUUUGAAAGAGGAUUGGGCCAAUGCAUGAAAAGGCUAUCGGUGGCCAUGUGGCUACUCUCUGCCACAGCAGCGAACGCUUCCGAAGGCCAAUUGCUGGAAGCAGAGGGGAGAGGGCUGGUCUUGUGUUCGAAUCCUGAUCGCUGCCUAGCCUUGGAUCUCAGACGGCUCCCUGGAGGGGGUGGCGCUGACCCAGCUGGAUUGAGGAAGGAACAGGAGAAAGGGAUAUUGGGGGCGGGGCUUGGAAAGGUCUAGGCCACAGGCAUGGCCAACCUUGGCCCUCCAGCUAUUUGGGGACUACAAUUCCCAUCAUCCCUGACCACUGAUGUCCUGUAUCGUAGGGAUGAUGGGAGUUGUAGUCCCAAAACAGGUGGAGGGCCAAGUUCGGCCAUGCCUGGUCUAGGACAUGGGUAGGCAACCUAAGGCCCGGGGGCCGGAUGCCGCCCAAUCGGCUUCUUAAUCCGGCCCACGGACGGUCCGAGAAUCAGCGUGUUUUUACAUGAGUAGAAUGUGCCCUUUUAUUUAAAAUGCACCUCUGGGUAAUUUGUGGGGCAUAGGAAUUGGUUCGUUAUUUUUUUCCAAAAUCUAGUCCGGCCCCCACAAGGUCUGAGGGACGGUAGACCGGCCCCCUGCUGAAAAAGUUUGCUGACCCCUGGACUAGGAGGAGCAGGGAUUUGUCCACAGGAAUAUGUGUGUGUGUGUGUGUGUGUGUGUGUGUGUGUGUGUGUGUGUCUUUCUGUCUGUGUGUGUGUGUGUGUGUCCCUGCAGUGCCCCCUUUCCCCUCCAGAGGGCGCCCUGCCACCCCUCCUCUCCCCCCUCUUCCCGCCAAAGAUCUGUAUCUUCCUUCCCCUUUCAGGGCCCGGGGGGCGGGGAGCGGCUGCGCUGCAACAGCCUUGACUGCGCUGCAACCCACACCUUGGGGUUUUUUCCGUUCUCUCUCUCUGCCUUUCUUGCGAAAGGGGAAAGGAAGGCCUUUGCCUUUUCACCUCCUUUCCAGCCCAGAAUCCUAAGGACUGGAAGGGGACCCCCAGGGGUCAUCCAGCCCAACCCCGGGCAGUGCAGCCGUCCAACCCGAUUCUCCUCCUUAACAUCUUGCCUUUCAGGCAGCAAUUUCCUCCACAGCAGAAAAGCAGCAAUUAAUUUUGACGGGGAGAAUGUUUGACUCCUCCAGCAUUUUGAACACACAAAUGUGUGUGUGUGGACCCCGGAGAGCGGCUGCCGGCCAUUGGCAGCGUUGCUGAGUGGGUAGGAGGCCGCUUCUUGGGUUCCUAUGCCGAGCCGUCCCGCGUGGCCUGGGGGUCGCGGGGUUUUCAGCCUCAGCCUCCUUUUUGACGCAGGGGCAGGGGUGCGAAUCACGCUCUUCUGGCACUUGCAAGGAAAUGGUCAGGAGAGGAACCCAGGCGUCCGGGCAGCCAGGGAGCCCCCGACAUGAACCCCGGGAAGGGGGCGACUGUAGAGACUUGUGCCCAAAUGGGGAUGACUUCCCCCUUUGUAUUGGGGGGGUUGGGCUGGAUGACCCCUGAGGGUCCCUGGCUUAGCUCUGCACAUCUGCGCUUCUGUCCUCAUUAGGGACUAGCUGCUUGCAAGGUCCCAGUCGGCUCCAGAGAAGGACAGUCUCCCUCAUUCUCCUUCCUUUCUAAGCAGAGGUUGGGUGAGAGAAUCUUAGAACCGUCGAGUCGGAAGGGACCCCGGGGGUCAUCCGGACCAACCCCAGGGAUUUUGCGGCUGGGAUUCCUGCAUUGCAGGAGCCGGGGUUGGGCUGGAUGACCUUUGGGUGCAAAUUCACAGAGGGAAAAUCAAGCUGUUGGAGGCGAUUGUGAGAAGCAAGCCGUGCUUCCGCGCCGGUCCUGUGUUCGAAUCCCACCUUUGCAUUUGGCGCCUGUGAGAACGGGAUGCAAGAUUCCUGCAUUGCAAGGGGCUGGGGUUGGGCUGGAUGACCUUUGGGGGCAAAUUCACGGCGGGAAAAUCAAGCUAUUGGAGGCGAUUGUGAGAAGCAAGCCGUGUAUCCGCGCCGGUCCUGCGUUCGAAUCCCGCCUUUGCAUUUGGCGCCUGUGAGAACGGGAUGCGAGAUUGCUGCAUUGCAAGGGGCUGGGGUUGGGCUGGAUGACCUUUGGGUGCAAAUUCACAGAGGGAAAAUCAAGCUAUUGGAGGCGAUUGUGAGAAGCAAGCCGUGCUUCCGCGCCGGUCCUGCGUUCGAAUCCCGCCUUUGCAUUUGGCGCCUGUGAGAACGGGAUGUGAGAUUCCUGCAUUGCAAGGGGCCGGGGUUGGGCUGGAUGACCUUUGGGGGAAAAUCCACGGGGGGAAAAUCAAGCUAUUGGAGGCGAUUGUGAGAAGCAAGCCGUGCUUCCGAGCCGGUCCUGCGUUCGAAUGCUGCCUUUGCAUUUGGCGCCUGUGAGAACGGGAUGCGAGAUUCCUGCAUUGCAAGGGGCCGGGGUUGGGCUGGAUGACCUUUGGGGGUAAAUCCACGGGGGGAAAUCAAGCUAUUGGAGGCGAUUGUGAGAAGCAAGCCGUGCUUCCGCGCCGGUCCUGCGUUCGAAUCCCGCCUUUGCGGUCGGCGCCUGUGAGAACGGGAUGCUAGCGAGGCCGGGGCCCUGAUCCGGCGGGCCUCUUGCGGCUUCCCCGCCCCUUUCCUCUCCUCGGUCUCCCGCCUGGCUUUGGCUAAGGCUGAGUCAGAGCGGGAGGGAGAGGCCGGCGGCCGACCGGCUGCCGUUUGCCUUAUAAGGCCCGGCAGAGAGUUUUGCAGGCUUCAGCUGAGCAGCGGCAGCCGGGCUCUGACCGCUUCCCUUCCCUGACGCCGCUGCUGCGAGGGAGGCUGCUUCCUGUUUUCACAGGGUUGUUGCAGGGGAAAGAGAGAGAGGCCCAUGCACAACUUGGGGGGGGGUAGAGGAGCCCCCCACCCGCCCCAGAGCAAGCUGCAAGGAAUCCAUGGUGGAGCAGGAAGGGACCCCCAAAGGGCAUCCAUCCCAACCCGCAAGGAAUCCAUGGUGGAGUAGGAAGGGACCCCCAAAGGUCCUCCAUCCCAACCCGCAAGGAAUCCGUGGCGGAAUAGGGAGGCACCCCCAAAGGUCAUCCAUCCCAACCCGCCUGCAACGCGCAAGGAAUCCGUGGCGGAAUAGGAAGGGAGCCCCAAAGGUCAUCCAUCCCAACCCGCCUGCAACACGCAAGGAAUCCAUGGCGGAAUAGGGAGGCACCCCCAAAGGUCAUCCAUCCCAACCCACCUGCAGUGCGCAAGGAAUCCAUGGUGGAAUAGGAAGGGAUCCCCAAAGGUCAUCCAUCCCAACCCGCCUGCAACGUGCAAGGAAUCCGUGGCGGAAUAGGAAGGGAGCCCAAAGGUCAUCCAUCCCAACCUGCCUGGCAAUGCAGGAAUUGCAGCUCCAGAAUCCCAGGCAUGUGGAAAUUCAGUACUUCCUUUUGAGGUUAAUAAACCCCCCACUUUUUCUGACCCCCCACUCCACCCUUUGCUGCCCCACACAGACGGUGCUGGGAGCCUCCUGCCUCUUCUGUGCUUCCUUCACCUAUAGAGUUAUGGAUGGGACCCCCAGCGGUCAUCCAGCCGAGCCCCCCAGCAGUGCAGCAAUUGCCUUAUUUCUGUGCUUCUAGCUUUGCCUUUCAAUGGAGGUCACACACCCCGGGACCUUAACGGUGGAUGGCAAGCAAUUAAUAAUUAUAACGGGUAAUAAUAGUAGUAAUAAAUAACAGCAGCAGACAUUAAUAAUAAUUACAGCAGCGAUAAAUAACAACACAUGAUGAUUGGUGACCAACCCCUGCAGCUAAUGAUUAAUAAGCGAGACGACAGUUAACGAUGAAUAAUAGCAUCCUGAGAAUUGAGGGCUGGCGUCUUGACUGAAGGGGGGGGCAGCAGCCUGAGCCGGACUCCCGGACGGAGGGAGCGGGUUCGAAUCCUUCGCAUGCAGAAUAGCCUUGCCUGCAACCCAGAUAACAGAUCCUGACUUGGGUGUUUCUGAGCACGUGGAGAUGGAUAAGAGAGGCUGUUUGCUUUUAUGGCCGGCCAGUGGUCAGGGAGGAGGGGGGCAGGCUCCUGUGUCGGUCAGUUGGCCGCCUGUCACGGAUUUCUUCAGCAUUUCCUGGGGUUGGUCUGGAUGACCUCUUGGGGUCCCUUGCAACUCCACAACCCCAUGUUUCUUUGAGGAUGACGGGAUCCCCUCCUGAUGAUGUCUCUCCCCGCCUCCUUCCCGCAGGGGACGAGUACGACGUCUGCGCCAUCUGCCUGGAGGAGUAUGAAGACGGGGAGCGGCUGCGAAUCCUGCCCUGCUCUCACGGUAAGGAGAACCCAGCGACUCCAAAGGGCUCCCUUGCCAGGAUGCGUCCCAUUCUGGGUGCCACGAUUUUGAGAAGGAUAGUUUGCAAACGGGACGGCGACCGUUCACCCCUGGGAUCCUUUAACUGGAAUCGGGGUUGGGCUGGAUGAUCUUGGGGGGUCCCUCCCAAGUCUACAACUCCUGUGACCCCGGACGGACCUUGGGAGGCUUUUGGCUGGCCCUCUUCUGGGGAGUCUUGAGUUUGGCCGGCCAUCUUCUGGGGAUUCUUGAGUUUGGCCGGCCAUCUUCUGGGGAUUCUUGAGUUUGGCCGGCCAUCUUCUGGGGAUUCUUGAGUUUGGCCGGCCAUCUUCUGGGGAUUCUUGAGUUUGGCCGGCCAUCUUCUGGGGAUUCUUGAGUUUGGCCGGCCAUCUUCUGGGGAUUCUUGAGUUUGGCUGGCCAUGUUCUGGGGAUUCUUGAGUUUGGCCGGCCCUCUUCUGGGGAUUCUUGAGUUUGGCCGGCCAUCUUCUGGGCAUUCUUGUGUUUGGCCGGCCCUCUUCUGGGGAUUCUUGAGUUUGGCCGGCCAUCUUCUGGGGAUUCUUGAGUUUGGCCGGCCAUCUUCUGGGGAUUCUUGAGUUUGGCUGGCCAUCAUAUGGGGAUUCUUGAGUUUGGCCGGCCAUCUUCUGGGGAUUCUUGAGUUUGGCCGGCCAUCUUCUGGAGAUUCUUGAGUUUGGCCGGCCAUCUUCUGGGAAUCCUUUAGUUUUGCACCCCGUGCGCCGCCUGCGGGUUGGUCUGGAUGACCUUCGGAGUGUCCCAUCCGGCAGACCCCUCAAUCUCUUCUCUCUUCCCAGCCUACCACUGCAAGUGUGUGGACCCCUGGCUGACGCAAACCAAGAAGACCUGCCCCGUCUGCAAGCAGAGGGUGCUGCGCUGCCCGGACGACUCGGACUCGGAGGGCGAAGAGGGUCUCCGCGCCCCCCAGGACGAGGAAGAGGCAGGGGGGCAGGGGGGCCAUGGGGAAGAGGAGGAGGAGGAGGAGGAGGAGGAAGGAGAGGAAGGGGGCGAUUCGGAGCGCACCCCCCUCCUGCGCCCCUCACCCAGCGCCGCCCUGGGGGGGAGCUCCUUCGGGAGCAUGGGGCAGUCGCCCUCCUCCGCCGCUCCCCAGGACCCCACGGAAGACUUGGGGGGCGAAGGGGACCACGAUUGGGACCAGACAAAGGCCCUUCUCCCCAGGGGCCCCCUCCCAGUCUAGCGCCCUGCUGGGCAUGGGGGGCGCAAGAGGGGCACCCCCCGGGUCAGGCACCCCACCCCAAAGGGAAGCCGGAAGUGGGGGGGCGGCUGAACCCCCCACUUCGUCCCUCUUGCUUUUGACCACUGAGCUUCCACUACAUAUGUUAACUUUUCAGGGAGUCUGGGGGUCUUUGCAGCAUUGGGGGGGGCAUAGGGCAGGAGUGGGGUGGGGGGGGGUCGGUCCAAGACCCCUUUGGGCGUCUUUUUUGGGGGGGGACAGGAUGCAAAAGCCAAGAGGGAGGCGGCAGGUGUCUCCUGCCUGGUUCCUUUGCAGGGUGGGGGGCACAGAUCUCCCCCCCCCGAGCAAAAGCCCCCUUUUUUCCUGUGUGGGGGGAGAGACCCCAUAGCAGCCAAAGCAGAGCCUCCCCCUCCCCAAACUUGGUGCAGGGGGGGGGUCCCCAAUUAAACACAGUAUUUUUUUUGUGGGGAGGGGGCCAGAAAGUCCUGUAUCCUUUGGGGGGCGGCGAGGAGCUCAUGAUGGACAGUAUAUAAAUUUAACACAUAGAUGGGGAGCCCCCCCCUUGCAAAGCAUGCCAAACCUCCCCCCCCCAGCACCCUACAACUCCCAGGGUGGGUUGGGGGGGUCCUUUGGGUGUAGACCCCCCACAUUGCAGCGCCCCCCCACCUCCUCCCUCUUGCGAUUUUGCACUUUUCUCCCCAUUGUGUGCCAAGGAAUUGGGGGGGGGGCUUUUUGUUCUCUCUGCCCCCCUCCAAAAUUAAAAAACCCCUCCUCUUGGGACUGCUGACCAUCCUAAUUUUCCACACUAACUUCCAAAUUUAGCAUCCUAUAAUAAUGAUUAUUGGGGGGGGGGACUCUACCUUUUAACCCCCUUUUUCCUUCCAUGCCCCCCCCCCGGAAAUUUCUGCCGGGGGGUCCGUUCCUUGCCCCCCCCUUGCAAUGGGCAGGAUACUGACCCUCUUUCCGCGUAGGAACUAACAAGCAAUGGGCCUCGGGGGUGCUGGUUUUUUUGGGGUGGGGGGGCACCAGGGGGGCCAUUUCUCCUCUUCCUUGCCCCCCCCAGCUGCUGCCUGCCAGAGUCGCUGCUGCCUAGCCUUCUCUUGAUCGCCUUGAAUAAUUUUUACUGUAAAGGACUUUUUAUUUUUCACUGUACAGUUUUAUGGUGGGGAUGCAAAGGGGCUGCUGCUGGGGCUUUUGCCUGGGGGGGGAGUGUGGGGAAGACCCCCCCCCCAGCAAAGGGCUCAGACAUGCCCUUGAUGCAGGGGGAAAAGGAAAUCAAGACUUCCAUAUAAUAAUAUUAAAAAAAGAGAUUUAAGUGGGAAUAAACGGAAGAUGGUUUAAAAUAAA